AUAUAAGUUGAUGAGAGCCAUGGCCAGGCUUAGACUGAACCCUGUCUUGACAUUAAUGGCCAUUUUGGCCACUCUUCAGACUUCAUUUGCAGAUAAAUUGAAGGUUAUCGCCUCCCACACACCAGUUAUUGGCCGCCUGGGUGAUGAUGUAGAUCUGGGUUGUCACCUGGUACCUGCAGUCAGUGCUGAAUUUAUGACAAUCAGGUUUUAUGUGGGAGACCUAUUUGUUAAUGUUUAUGACAAGACACCAGGUGGAUAUUUUAUUCAGAGUGAGAAGUAUAAGGACAGGACGGAGUUACUGACAGAGAACAUCACACGAGGACAAGUCACAAUGAGAAUAAAGAAUAUUCAGGUGUCGGACACAGGGAACUAUAUGUGUGAAUUUGAUCUCGUGGGCUCAGCAACACUGGAGCUAAAGAUGGCCGACAACUCCUGGAAAUCCUGGCAGAUUGUACUAAUAAUCCUUGGGGGCUGCGCUGCUGUUAUUGCCUUGGUUUGGUACAUCUAUAAGCGCAUGAGAGACCCAUAGGGGAGAUUCAGAUUAACUCCUGCCUUGCCAAGUAUUGGAACACUCGACAUAUUCACCAAAAGGAAAUGCAGGUA